AUGUGUGUAGAUAGUAGAUCCAUAAAUAACAUAACCAUCAAAUACCGUUUUCCUAUGCCUAGGUUGCAAGAUAUGCUUGAUGAAUUAAGUGGAGCCUUAGUCUUUUCAAAAAUAGAUUUAAGGAGUGGUUAUCAUCAAAUGAGAAUAAGGGAAGGGGAUGAAUGGAAAACUGCUUUUAAAACAAAACAAGGGUUAUAUGAGUGGUUAGUGAUGCCAUUUGGGCUUUGCAAUGCUCCAAGUUCUUUCAUGAGGUUAAUGAAUGAGGUUCUCCGUCCUUUUCUUAAUAAUUUUGUUGUUGUUUACUUGGAUGAUAUUCUAGUGUAUAGUAAAAACAAUGAAGACCAUAUGGUGCAUUUGAAGAGGUUGUUUGAAAAAUUGAGGGAAGUAAAGUUGUAUGGAAAGCUUGAGAAGUGUUUUUUUAUGACCCCUAGUGUGUCAUUUUUGGGAUACAUUGUGACUAGAGAAGGAGUGCAAGUAGAUCCAGAAAAGGUUAAGGCAGUUAAGUCUUGGUUGGCUCCAACCAAUGUGCAUGAGGUAAGGAGUUUUCAUGGGCUUGCUUCUUUCUAUAGGCGGUUCAUUAGAAACUUCUCUUCUAUUAUGGCUCCCAUUACCGAGUUAACAAAAAAGGGUGAAUUUGAAUGGACUGAAAAUGCUCAAAGGGCUUUUGAUAAAGUCAAAUACAUGCUUUGCAAUGCACCUAUACUUGUUCUCCCUGAUUUUAACAACGUGUUUGAAGUAGAGUGUGAUGCAAGUGGGGUUGGAAUAGGGGCUGUCCUUAUUCAAGAAAAGAAGCCAGUAAGUUUCUUUAGUGAGAAGUUAAGUGAGGCUAAAUUGAAUUACUCUACUUAUGAUCGUGAAUUUUAUGCCAUCGUUAGAGCUCUUGAUCAUUGGUCUCAUUACCUUAGACCAAAACCCUUUGUUCUUCAUUCUGAUCAUGAAGCUUUAAAAUUCAUAAAUGGGCAACAAAAACUUAAUAAAAGACAUGCAAAGUGGGUAGAAUUUCUUCAAUCAUUUACCUUUAGCUCCAAAUAUAAAGAUGGAAAAAGUAAUAUUGUAGCUGAUGCUUUAUCUCGAAGAGCAUACUUGCUUUCUAUGGUGGAUGCUAAGGUUUUGGGUUUUGAACAACUCAAGGAGUAUUACAAAGAUGAUCCUGAUUUUGCUAAUGAAUUUCCAAAGCCAUCGAAAGAUUACGUUGAUCAAGAUGGUUAUCUUUUUAAAGGUAACAAGUUGUGUGUUCCUAAAAGUGGCAUUCGUGAAUUAUUGGUAAGAGAAGUUCAUAGUGGUGGAUUGGCUGGUCAUUUUGGCAUUCAAAAGACUCUUGAUAUUCUUGGUGAGCAUUUCUAUUGGCCAAGGAUGAUCAGGGAUGUUACUUUAGUUGUGGAGAGAUGUGCUACAUGUCAAAAGUCAAAAGGGCAUUUCACAAAAGGGCUUUAUACUCCAUUACCUGUUCCAGAUUCUCCUUGGGAAAGUGUUAGCAUGGAUUUCAUUGUUGGGCUACCACGGACUCAAAGGGGUAGAGAUAGCAUUAUGGUGGUGGUAGAUAGAUUUUCCAAAAUGGCUCAUUUUGUAGCUUGUAAUAAAACAGAUGAUGCAGUAAAAGUGGCUGAAUUGUACUUCAAGGAAAUUGUCAAACUACAUGGCAUUCCUCGAAGUAUAGUUUCGGAUAGGGACUCCAAGUUUUUAAGUCACUUUUGGAGGACCCUAUGGAAGUUGGUUGGUACCAAGUUACUAUUUAGCACCUCUCAUCAUCCCCAAACUGAUGGACAAACAGAGGUGACAAAUAGAACUUUGGGUGCUUUGUUACGUGGUCUUGUGAGCAAAACGCAGAAAGAUUGGGACAUGAAACUAGCCCAUGCGGAGUUUGCUUACAAUAGGGCUCAUUCUUUAACUACUUCUCGUUCUCCUUUUGAAGUAGUGUAUGGAGUGAAUCCAUUUGUGCCUGUUGAUUUGAUGCCUAAAAAAGAUGGCACUUGGAGAAUGUGUGUAGAUAGUAGAUCCAUAAAUAACAUAACCAUCAAAUACCGUUUUCCUAUGCCUAGGUUGCAAGAUAUGCUUGAUGAAUUAAGUGGAGCCUUAGUCUUUUCAAAAAUAGAUUUAAGGAGUGGUUAUCAUCAAAUGAGAAUAAGGGAAGGGGAUGAAUGGAAAACUGCUUUUAAAACAAAACAAGGGUUAUAUGAGUGGUUAGUGAUGCCAUUUGGGCUUUGCAAUGCUCCAAGUUCUUUCAUGAGGUUAAUGAAUGAGGUUCUCCGUCCUUUUCUUAAUAAUUUUGUUGUUGUUUACUUGGAUGAUAUUCUAGUGUAUAGUAAAAACAAUGAAGACCAUAUGGUGCAUUUGAAGAGGUUGUUUGAAAAAUUGAGGGAAGUAAAGUUGUAUGGAAAGCUUGAGAAGUGUUUUUUUAUGACCCCUAGUGUGUCAUUUUUGGGAUACAUUGUGACUAGAGAAGGAGUGCAAGUAGAUCCAGAAAAGGUUAAGGCAGUUAAGUCUUGGUUGGCUCCAACCAAUGUGCAUGAGGUAAGGAGUUUUCAUGGGCUUGCUUCUUUCUAUAGGCGGUUCAUUAGAAACUUCUCUUCUAUUAUGGCUCCCAUUACCGAGUUAACAAAAAAGGGUGAAUUUGAAUGGACUGAAAAUGCUCAAAGGGCUUUUGAUAAAGUCAAAUACAUGCUUUGCAAUGCACCUAUACUUGUUCUCCCUGAUUUUAACAACGUGUUUGAAGUAGAGUGUGAUGCAAGUGGGGUUGGAAUAGGGGCUGUCCUUAUUCAAGAAAAGAAGCCAGUAAGUUUCUUUAGUGAGAAGUUAAGUGAGGCUAAAUUGAAUUACUCUACUUAUGAUCGUGAAUUUUAUGCCAUCGUUAGAGCUCUUGAUCAUUGGUCUCAUUACCUUAGACCAAAACCCUUUGUUCUUCAUUCUGAUCAUGAAGCUUUAAAAUUCAUAAAUGGGCAACAAAAACUUAAUAAAAGACAUGCAAAGUGGGUAGAAUUUCUUCAAUCAUUUACCUUUAGCUCCAAAUAUAAAGAUGGAAAAAGUAAUAUUGUAGCUGAUGCUUUAUCUCGAAGAGCAUACUUGCUUUCUAUGGUGGAUGCUAAGGUUUUGGGUUUUGAACAACUCAAGGAGUAUUACAAAGAUGAUCCUGAUUUUGCUAAUGAAUUUCCAAAGCCAUCGAAAGAUUACGUUGAUCAAGAUGGUUAUCUUUUUAAAGGUAACAAGUUGUGUGUUCCUAAAAGUGGCAUUCGUGAAUUAUUGGUAAGAGAAGUUCAUAGUGGUGGAUUGGCUGGUCAUUUUGGCAUUCAAAAGACUCUUGAUAUUCUUGGUGAGCAUUUCUAUUGGCCAAGGAUGAUCAGGGAUGUUACUUUAGUUGUGGAGAGAUGUGCUACAUGUCAAAAGUCAAAAGGGCAUUUCACAAAAGGGCUUUAUACUCCAUUACCUGUUCCAGAUUCUCCUUGGGAAAGUGUUAGCAUGGAUUUCAUUGUUGGGCUACCACGGACUCAAAGGGGUAGAGAUAGCAUUAUGGUGGUGGUAGAUAGAUUUUCCAAAAUGGCUCAUUUUGUAGCUUGUAAUAAAACAGAUGAUGCAGUAAAAGUGGCUGAAUUGUACUUCAAGGAAAUUGUCAAACUACAUGGCAUUCCUCGAAGUAUAGUUUCGGAUAGGGACUCCAAGUUUUUAAGUCACUUUUGGAGGACCCUAUGGAAGUUGGUUGGUACCAAGUUACUAUUUAGCACCUCUCAUCAUCCCCAAACUGAUGGACAAACAGAGGUGACAAAUAGAACUUUGGGUGCUUUGUUACGUGGUCUUGUGAGCAAAACGCAGAAAGAUUGGGACAUGAAACUAGCCCAUGCGGAGUUUGCUUACAAUAGGGCUCAUUCUUUAACUACUUCUCGUUCUCCUUUUGAAGUAGUGUAUGGAGUGAAUCCAUUUGUGCCUGUUGAUUUGAUGCCUAAAAAAGAUGGCACUUGGAGAAUGUGUGUAGAUAGUAGAUCCAUAAAUAACAUAACCAUCAAAUACCGUUUUCCUAUGCCUAGGUUGCAAGAUAUGCUUGAUGAAUUAAGUGGAGCCUUAGUCUUUUCAAAAAUAGAUUUAAGGAGUGGUUAUCAUCAAAUGAGAAUAAGGGAAGGGGAUGAAUGGAAAACUGCUUUUAAAACAAAACAAGGGUUAUAUGAGUGGUUAGUGAUGCCAUUUGGGCUUUGCAAUGCUCCAAGUUCUUUCAUGAGGUUAAUGAAUGAGGUUCUCCGUCCUUUUCUUAAUAAUUUUGUUGUUGUUUACUUGGAUGAUAUUCUAGUGUAUAGUAAAAACAAUGAAGACCAUAUGGUGCAUUUGAAGAGGUUGUUUGAAAAAUUGAGGGAAGUAAAGUUGUAUGGAAAGCUUGAGAAGUGUUUUUUUAUGACCCCUAGUGUGUCAUUUUUGGGAUACAUUGUGACUAGAGAAGGAGUGCAAGUAGAUCCAGAAAAGGUUAAGGCAGUUAAGUCUUGGUUGGCUCCAACCAAUGUGCAUGAGGUAAGGAGUUUUCAUGGGCUUGCUUCUUUCUAUAGGCGGUUCAUUAGAAACUUCUCUUCUAUUAUGGCUCCCAUUACCGAGUUAACAAAAAAGGGUGAAUUUGAAUGGACUGAAAAUGCUCAAAGGGCUUUUGAUAAAGUCAAAUACAUGCUUUGCAAUGCACCUAUACUUGUUCUCCCUGAUUUUAACAACGUGUUUGAAGUAGAGUGUGAUGCAAGUGGGGUUGGAAUAGGGGCUGUCCUUAUUCAAGAAAAGAAGCCAGUAAGUUUCUUUAGUGAGAAGUUAAGUGAGGCUAAAUUGAAUUACUCUACUUAUGAUCGUGAAUUUUAUGCCAUCGUUAGAGCUCUUGAUCAUUGGUCUCAUUACCUUAGACCAAAACCCUUUGUUCUUCAUUCUGAUCAUGAAGCUUUAAAAUUCAUAAAUGGGCAACAAAAACUUAAUAAAAGACAUGCAAAGUGGGUAGAAUUUCUUCAAUCAUUUACCUUUAGCUCCAAAUAUAAAGAUGGAAAAAGUAAUAUUGUAGCUGAUGCUUUAUCUCGAAGAGCAUACUUGCUUUCUAUGGUGGAUGCUAAGGUUUUGGGUUUUGAACAACUCAAGGAGUAUUACAAAGAUGAUCCUGAUUUUGCUAAUGAAUUUCCAAAGCCAUCGAAAGAUUACGUUGAUCAAGAUGGUUAUCUUUUUAAAGGUAACAAGUUGUGUGUUCCUAAAAGUGGCAUUCGUGAAUUAUUGGUAAGAGAAGUUCAUAGUGGUGGAUUGGCUGGUCAUUUUGGCAUUCAAAAGACUCUUGAUAUUCUUGGUGAGCAUUUCUAUUGGCCAAGGAUGAUCAGGGAUGUUACUUUAGUUGUGGAGAGAUGUGCUACAUGUCAAAAGUCAAAAGGGCAUUUCACAAAAGGGCUUUAUACUCCAUUACCUGUUCCAGAUUCUCCUUGGGAAAGUGUUAGCAUGGAUUUCAUUGUUGGGCUACCACGGACUCAAAGGGGUAGAGAUAGCAUUAUGGUGGUGGUAGAUAGAUUUUCCAAAAUGGCUCAUUUUGUAGCUUGUAAUAAAACAGAUGAUGCAGUAAAAGUGGCUGAAUUGUACUUCAAGGAAAUUGUCAAACUACAUGGCAUUCCUCGAAGUAUAGUUUCGGAUAGGGACUCCAAGUUUUUAAGUCACUUUUGGAGGACCCUAUGGAAGUUGGUUGGUACCAAGUUACUAUUUAGCACCUCUCAUCAUCCCCAAACUGAUGGACAAACAGAGGUGACAAAUAGAACUUUGGGUGCUUUGUUACGUGGUCUUGUGAGCAAAACGCAGAAAGAUUGGGACAUGAAACUAGCCCAUGCGGAGUUUGCUUACAAUAGGGCUCAUUCUUUAACUACUUCUCGUUCUCCUUUUGAAGUAGUGUAUGGAGUGAAUCCAUUUGUGCCUGUUGAUUUGAUGCCUAAAAAAGAUGGCACUUGGAGAAUGUGUGUAGAUAGUAGAUCCAUAAAUAACAUAACCAUCAAAUACCGUUUUCCUAUGCCUAGGUUGCAAGAUAUGCUUGAUGAAUUAAGUGGAGCCUUAGUCUUUUCAAAAAUAGAUUUAAGGAGUGGUUAUCAUCAAAUGAGAAUAAGGGAAGGGGAUGAAUGGAAAACUGCUUUUAAAACAAAACAAGGGUUAUAUGAGUGGUUAGUGAUGCCAUUUGGGCUUUGCAAUGCUCCAAGUUCUUUCAUGAGGUUAAUGAAUGAGGUUCUCCGUCCUUUUCUUAAUAAUUUUGUUGUUGUUUACUUGGAUGAUAUUCUAGUGUAUAGUAAAAACAAUGAAGACCAUAUGGUGCAUUUGAAGAGGUUGUUUGAAAAAUUGAGGGAAGUAAAGUUGUAUGGAAAGCUUGAGAAGUGUUUUUUUAUGACCCCUAGUGUGUCAUUUUUGGGAUACAUUGUGACUAGAGAAGGAGUGCAAGUAGAUCCAGAAAAGGUUAAGGCAGUUAAGUCUUGGUUGGCUCCAACCAAUGUGCAUGAGGUAAGGAGUUUUCAUGGGCUUGCUUCUUUCUAUAGGCGGUUCAUUAGAAACUUCUCUUCUAUUAUGGCUCCCAUUACCGAGUUAACAAAAAAGGGUGAAUUUGAAUGGACUGAAAAUGCUCAAAGGGCUUUUGAUAAAGUCAAAUACAUGCUUUGCAAUGCACCUAUACUUGUUCUCCCUGAUUUUAACAACGUGUUUGAAGUAGAGUGUGAUGCAAGUGGGGUUGGAAUAGGGGCUGUCCUUAUUCAAGAAAAGAAGCCAGUAAGUUUCUUUAGUGAGAAGUUAAGUGAGGCUAAAUUGAAUUACUCUACUUAUGAUCGUGAAUUUUAUGCCAUCGUUAGAGCUCUUGAUCAUUGGUCUCAUUACCUUAGACCAAAACCCUUUGUUCUUCAUUCUGAUCAUGAAGCUUUAAAAUUCAUAAAUGGGCAACAAAAACUUAAUAAAAGACAUGCAAAGUGGGUAGAAUUUCUUCAAUCAUUUACCUUUAGCUCCAAAUAUAAAGAUGGAAAAAGUAAUAUUGUAGCUGAUGCUUUAUCUCGAAGAGCAUACUUGCUUUCUAUGGUGGAUGCUAAGGUUUUGGGUUUUGAACAACUCAAGGAGUAUUACAAAGAUGAUCCUGAUUUUGCUAAUGAAUUUCCAAAGCCAUCGAAAGAUUACGUUGAUCAAGAUGGUUAUCUUUUUAAAGGUAACAAGUUGUGUGUUCCUAAAAGUGGCAUUCGUGAAUUAUUGGUAAGAGAAGUUCAUAGUGGUAGAUUGGCUGGUCAUUUUGGCAUUCAAAAGACUCUUGAUAUUCUUGAUUCUCCUUGGGAAAGUGUUAGCAUGGAUUUCAUUGUUGGGCUACCACGGACUCAAAGGGGUAGAGAUAGCAUUAUGGUGGUGGUAGAUAGAUUUUCCAAAAUGGCUCAUUUUGCUGACAUGCAGCAUAUUGACAAGAGCUGGACUGCCAGACCUCCUCUCAAUACAACCCCGAUGCAUUCCUUUGAUCAAUCAAUGGAAUGA